AUGGCUUCAUCAUCUGUUGAUAAUAUAAAAUCUCCCUCAUUAAUAUCAAAUCCUUCUGGUGAAGACGAAAAAUCUUCUUUAAACAAUUCUGAUGAACAAUAUCGUAAAUUAUUUAUUGGUGGCUUAAGUUAUACAACUGUUGAUGAUAAACUCAAAGAAUAUUGUUCUAAAUACGGUGACAUCUUUGAAUGUGCGAUUAUGCGUGAUCGUGAAGGUCGAUCAAGAGGUUUUGCGUUUGUUAACUUUAAAGAUCGUGCAAUGGUCGAUGGUUUUAUGGCACAUAGACCACAUAUAAUCGAUGGUCGACAAAUCGAACCAAAACGAGCGAUGCCACGAGAUGAAACGUCACGAUCCGAAGGACAAUUAACAGUUAAAAAAAUUUUCAUUGGUGCUAUUAAAGACGAAUUAACCGAUGAUGAUCUUAAAUCUCAUUUUGAAAAGUACGGUAAUAUUAUUGAAUGUAAAAUUAUGAAAACUAAAGACGAUAAAUUUCGUGGUUUUGCUUUUAUAACGUUUGAUGAUUACGAUUCAGUUGAUCGUUGUAUACUUGGCAAACCUCAUAAAAUCAAUGACAAAGAAUUAGACGUACGAAAAGCGAUACCACGUGAACAAACGUCACGUUUAAAUGGUUUGAUUGCAAACAAUACAAAUACUCAUAUGAACGCUGAUUUUUAUCAUUCACAAAAUCGUUAUCAACCACAAAUAAUGAUUAAUCAUCCAACAUUAUCGUUUCCAUCAUUUUCACCUUAUGCUUAUUUUCCUCCAACAAAUUAUUUAUCAAAACCAAUGCCAUUAAUGGGACCAACGCCGAAUUCGUCUUCUCAACCAGGUGCUUUACCUCCUCCGACAUAUAUUGUACCACCGGAUUUAGUCAAUAGUCCUUUUUUUCGUAAUCAAACUAUUCCUUCACAAGCAGCCUCAUCUCCAGUACGAACAAAUAAUAAUGAUAAUAUAGAAAAUCAAAAUGGUACGAAAGCUAUAAUGAGUAAUGAUAACAGUUCGGAACCGAAUGAUGCUGCAAAAAAUCAUCAAGUAAACUAUUUUACUACAGGAAUGCCAAAUUACGGCACUUCAGUUAGAUCAAAACCACGUUCAACAUAUAGUGGCAGUGCAACAAAUGAUCCUAAUUCAGAACAACAUCGAAAAUUAUUCAUUGGUGGAUUAUCGUUCAAAACUACAGAUGAAACAUUAAAAGAAUACGUAACAAAAUUUGGUGAAGUUAGUGAUUCAUUAGUAAUGAAAGAUCAAAAUGGUCAAUCGCGAUGCUUUGGUUUUGUCACAUUUAUUGAUCCUCAAGCAAUCGAUGAAUUUAUGAAACAACGACCACAUACACUUGACGGUCGCCAAAUCGAUCCAAAACGAGCAAUGCCACGUGAAGAAGCUAAUAACGAGGAAGUUCAUUUGACAGUUAAAAAAAUCUUUAUUGGCGGUAUUCGAGAUGGACUCAAUGAAGAGGCAUUAAGAGCAUAUUUUGAAAAAUUUGGUCAUGUCAAUGAUUGUUUUCUUAUGCACGAUAAAGAUGGAAAAACACGUGGUUUUGCAUUUCUUGAAUUUGAUGACUUUGAUUCUGUUGACAAAGUUAUUUUAAGUCGACCUCAUGUAAUUGGUGAAUAUCAUGUUGAUGUUAAAAAGGCUGUACCAAAAGAUCAACGACAAAUUCAAACUCAACAAAUACAACAACAACAACAGCAACAACAGCAACAACAGUUACAACAACAACAAUAUAUUCUACAAAUGCAAGCAGCAGCUGCCUAUCAAUAUUAUUAUAAUAGUUCACCGUAUAAUUUUUUAACAAAUGGUAGUUGUACUUUUCCAAUAUCAUCUCCUCCUGCACUAAUGACGCCAAACGGUACAAAUAAUGUUGGUUUAGAUGAUAUGUUUUCUCGUCUUCGAACAUCGAACAACAACAACAAUAAUAAUAUUUCGAAUUCUCCUCGUUAUAUUCCUGCGCGCAAUAAUCGUCGACAAUCAUCACGUGGUAGUCAAUAA